UCUUUAAAAAUGUCAAUAAGUUCUGUUAUUAAGGAUAUUAAAGGUCGUCUUGACGGAAAAGUUGCUAUUAUUACUGGAGCAGGAAGCGGUAUUGGUUUUGAAUCGGCCGUUUUGUUUGCUAGGGAAGGAGCAUUUGUAGUUGCUGCCGAUAUUAAUCUUAAAUCCGCUGAGGCUGUGGUUGAAAGAAUAAAGGAGAAAUUUCCAUUGAAUGUUCAUAGACGUUCCGUUGCUUAUAAGGUAGACGUUUCCAAGGAAGAUGAAGUUAAGAAAUUGGUGGAAUUUACGUUGAAAGAAUUUGGCAAACUUGAUGUUAUGUUUAAUAACGCUGGUAUAAUGCACCCUCAUGAUGACAAUUGUAUCAAUACUGAUGAAAAAGUCUGGGACCUCACGAUGAAUAUCAACCUCAAAGGUGUCUGGUAUGGUUGUAAAUGGGCUAUUGAAGCAAUGCGAAGGAAGACGGAUAAUAAGGGUGGAAGCAUUAUCAAUACAGCCAGUUUUGUCGGACUCAUGGGUUCUGCAACUCCUCAGAUAGCUUACACUGCAUCCAAAGGAGCCGUUAUUGCAUUGAGCCGUGAAUUGGCUGUUACUCAUGCUCGAGAAAACAUUCGUGUUAAUUCACUAUGCCCUGGAUCUUUACGUACCCCAUUACUCAUGGACUUCCUUAAUACUGAAGAAAAAAAAAACCGAAGACUUACCCAUAUACCAAUCGGAAGAUUCGGUGAACCAAUUGAACAAGCUCAAGCGGCCCUGUUCUUGGCAUCCGAUGAAUCAUCUUAUGUCACGGGAACUGAGUUUAAGGUCGAUGGAGGUCUUACUGCCGCAUAUGUGACCCCCGAAGGACCUUGCACAAGUGUGCCGCCGAAAAAUUAUUUUAAACCUGCAUCGGAAAAGAAAUAA